UUUUUUUUUUUCCCUCUUCCAAUGUCUCUUUACAUUUCCAAGCUUUCUUUCUUGGAACACCAACCUACCAACUUCAUUUUUCUUCAUCUCCUCAUACUUUCUUCACCCCAAUUCAUGUACAAUACCAACCACAAGAAGUCCAGCCUCCUGGCGGAAAUAUACAAACUUGCCUCACGGCAUCUGCUUCUUGUCGCUUAACUAUUAUAUCAUUGUACACUAAUUAAAUCUGACCUCCUCAAUACGAGGCUCUGACCUGCUCUCAAUUGCAGAGAGGAAGAGGGGCAUGUUCUCUCCUCAAUACCCACGCUGCACUUCGGGAUUUGAAGAUCGCAAAAUGACUUCGUCAGCGUCGACCACAAAAUCAAUGACGCAUGUCUUCACAAGGCAGGUCCAGGAGGUAAAAACUCCGAAGAGUGACAUCAAUGCCUUAAUACUCGACUACUUGACCGUCGCUGGAUAUCCAAACGCCGCUGCUAAGUUCUCAACCGAGGCAAAUUUAUCACCUCAGCAGCCUACUUCCGCCAUCCAGGCCAGACAGCAAAUUCAGACGUUUAUACAUAAAGGAGAAAUUGAGAACGCUACCCAUGCCCUAAACGAACUCGAUCCUUCGAUAUUGGACGAAGAUGAGCCGCUCCACUUUGCACUUCUGCGCCUUCAACUGGUAGAGCUCAUUCGCAAGUCACGGCCAGGAGACGACAUUGGACCCGCACUAGAAUUUGCGCAAACACAGCUUGGUCCCAAAGCUCCACGUACACCACAAUUUCUGGAAGACCUGGAGAAGACCAUGUCUCUUUUGGUAUUUGAUCAUGAUAAACUAGAUCCCUCCUUAUCUGCACUUCUCGAGCCAAGCCUUCGAAGAGAUGUUGCAACCAAGGUAAAUCAGGCAAUACUAGAUCGUCAACAACAACGUAGAGAUGCUGCUAUCCGCCAUUUAGUGCAGAUGAGGGCUUGGAGCGAGAACACUGUACGGAAAGAGACCAAAAAGGAUUUGCCCCCGAGACUUGACUUGGGCUUAGACGGCGAUGACUCUGACAAAAAUGAAUCGGAGAAUGGCCACGAGCCGAUGGUCACUACAUAGGAUAGUGCGUAGGACGAGGACAACUUGCUUCGAUGAUUCGUCGGGAUGAUAAUCUAAAUCGCUAAUCAUCGUCGACUAUGCCGGAGAAAGGGCAAGACUAUCGUAAUGGGCGUUCUAGGAUUGGACAGGCGUUAUGCUUCAGGAGGUGUUAAAGGUUAGGAGCUCGUAAGUUCACGAAUGAACACAGCUGGGCGUUUCAGGGUCGAGGGUGGGAAUACUCGUUUAGGGGCGUCUAUGCUUACAUGCAUAUAAGACGCUAUGAUCACUCACGGCAUGUAGGUUUUAUACUAGGACUCGGGGAUCAGAAGAUGAUGUCCUACGGGACUUCAAGCCUUUCACAAGGCACAUUACAGCAGGGUCAUGAUUGAGAUACCAUUGUCUAGCU